AUGCGGUCGCAGGCCUUCUACCUGGCUUCGAAGGAGGCUCCCCAGAAUCCGCAGGUAAAGGCCACCCGCAAGACUGGCCUGGCCAACUGUCGGGUCCUGUCAAGCAAGACUCCUGACGACGUGCUGGUGUCGUUCUUGCGCGACUUGAACAACCGGUUCCACGAGGGAGGACGCAUCAGCUUUCUGGAGCAAGUGGAGGAGGUUCAGCACGUGGAAGAUGCAGGGGCCUUGGCCCAGCUGUCUGUGACAGUUCGUUUGUCAGCGUGGACAGCCUACAUGGAACGGCGGGGCUUCACAAAUCGAAACGUGGAGAAUGUCCGAGACGAGUUUGGCAGAUGGCUCCAGUCAUCCGAAUACAAGGAGAAGUACGGUCCUGAGUCUUACAAGUUUGCGAAGGCGCUGAAGAACAAACUCCGGCACUUCCGCAUCUUCGAGUCUUGGGUGGACUUUUUCAGUCGAGAGGCGGAUUUCCUGUCUCCAGACAUGAGCAAGCCUGAAGUCAUUGUGCGGAACAUGAACACCUUUGGCGCCUGCAUUGAAAUGUUUUCUGGGUCCUAUGCGCCGGAAGAGCUGGGAUAUGUCCUUAUGGAGCUUUCCAAGUUCUGCGCCGCGCCCCCAGUGCCGCUCUACGUCUUCAACCGAGGGAGUGAGUCACAGCUCAUGGCGCAGGCGCAGGAAAAGCUGAACUGCAUCGUGGCCGGCGCCAUCUUUGUGCGCAAGAUUGCCCCUGGCAAGCCUGAGCCUUCUGAAGCGGCUUCAAAGAAGAGGGCGCGCGCGCCCGACUUGGAACCUGCUGAUGCUGAGGCUCGGAAGAACGCGGCUGCAGCUGAUGGAGAGGAGGAGCAAGCUGCAGAUCUUGAGGCUGACAUUGUGAUGCCAAUGACUGGUCUACAGCCCCGCCUCAUCAUUGCCAGCGCCAUCUCCCUUGCGCUGCGGUUCGCCUUUGGCAAUGGCAUCACCAUCAAUAACAAGUUCAUGAAGGUGCGGCCCAUGCUGCAGUCAUUGGCGCGAGGCGCCAUUGCUCAGGAAUCGUCUUCCCUUCCGGGUGGAGGGGUGGAUGACAUUUUCGCCAAGCUGCUGCGAGAGUCCCAAGCGCAGGAGCUGGCUGCUGCUUCCGGGCGUGCGGCUGCGGCUGGCACCGCAUCGUCAGACGGCUGCUCAAAGCCCUCCAACAAGGGUCGCCAGCCUACAGCGUCCGAUGCCAUCACCAGAGCAGUUGCUCACAUUUUGGGCAACGCUGCCAUUGCCCAAGCAUGCGAUGGGUUUGUUGUCUUGAACAAUGACAAGAAGGUUGUGAACCACCCUGCCUUUGCAAAGUUCAUGAACGACUUGCGAGUGACCGUUCUCGGCUGCACCUGUGAUACGUCAGCUUGGGACACUCCUAGCUGCCCUUUCCAUGACGACUCUGACCACACGAUCGCGGAUUACGUGUGGGGCCUCUGCAACUGCCUCAAAUUUAGCGAAGUGGUGCCGACAGCUGUUCCCAUGCUCGGUGCUAGCGCUCUGGUGCAGUUGGAGGUUGAGUACACAGCAUACGCAGCCCGGAAGCAGAAGGCGAUGGAAGCAGGGGAAGAGUUUUCCGAGAAGGAGCCAUGCCCCAUGCAGCUGCUUGGUAAGCCUGCCAAGUUCCUCUUGCGAUCUGUCAAGGGAUCAGACGGCAAGGACAAGUACGUUCUCAAUGAGCAUCUUGUGACUUCAAUGGUGACCUGCAGGGCAUCCUACUUGCUUGAGGCCGCGAGGAACAUGAUCAAGAGAACGCACGGGUCAAGGCCAGACGCUUUGAUCCGAUUCACUGAUUGCAAGGCAGAGGCCUUGGACAUCACAUUGGAUGCGCUGCGCAGCGGCGAUACUGCGAUAGUGGAGUACAUCAUGGAAGCUGAGGGCGCUUUUCACUUGGGCCCGCAUGGGGCAAGUGAUGAUCGGUGCGAGGAGUGGGCAGCCGCAUGGACCAAGGUGCUUACCAUGGUGACACGCAAAGUCAGCCAAACAAUGGAGGGCAAUGAGAAGCCACAAAUCAGCCUCAACAUGUUCCCAGAGGCAGUGAAGAUAUUUGGCCAGGGUGUGAAAGGUUUGGCUGCUGCAGGAGCGGGGCAUGUGAAGGAGGAAGAGUCAAAGGCUGCCGCGAGUGAUGUGGUUGACAUUACUGCAAACAGCCAGCCUUCAUUCGCGGAUAUCUACAGCCUGUGCGAUGUCAAGCCCGAUGCUGCUGCGGCGGACCCGGCCCUAGCAGCUACAGCUGUAUCUGGCUCUGGCAAAAUGCGUGUCAUCGACAUCAUGCAUAUUCAGAGGCAGAUCGAGAACUUCUUCUUGGCAAAAGUUGCGUGCGGCACUCAGGCCGGCCCAACAUGGCUGUUGGAGCUGCUGCAGGCAGACACGAAGGGAACGUUGACGGUUUUGGCGGUGGACAAGCUGUUCAACCAACAUGAGAGUGGCGCACUUGAGAGAAUGCUCCACCCCGAUGCUGCGAGUGAACGGCGACUGCACGUGUGCGGGUCAGUCACCACCGAAGCGUCGUGGAAGAACUUCAAGGUCGCGGAUGCAGUCUUCCCCAACGGGCUUGUCAUAUCCUACUACAUGCAUGGCGAUGGCUGGAACAAGCAGACCUCGCUCUUGCCACACCCGUUCUGGAUGAUGAAGAAUGGGUUUGAGGCGCAGAAGGCAUGCUGUUUGUCCAGCACGGAGACCAUCAGCAAGACAUUCCAAGACACGUGCCUUGGACCUGGGACUCCUGGACCCACAAGGAAGGAUAGAAAUGUUAGUCCCGCAGUCUGGUUGUUUGACAUAUUCAUUCAUUGCCAAAUUAACAUGACGUGGCCUCAUAGCCGCCCUUGUUGUGGAGAGCCCCCCUCCGCACACAAACGGAGGAGUGGCCCGCCAGAGGGUGGGGGGUGGGGGCCCGGGUGGGGGGGCCCGGUGGGGGUGUGGAGGGUGCCCCUCCCAGCUGUCCAAGGCAAGGCGCCGACGUGA